GUUGAACAUUUUACAUCAAUAACAACACAUUAUCAAUUAUUAUUAUUAUUUUUUAUUUUAUCUUAUACAUCAUACAUCAGUUGCAAGUCAUUUAUUUUUUUUGUGAAAGAAUACAUUUAGAUGAAAGUGGUCUUCUAUUAGUUUUAUUAGUUGAACAAUUCCUUCCAUUACCAUUAAAUAAACAAUUAUUACCUAAAUAUUUACCAUUAAUUUUAUAA